AUGUCACAAGGUAAUGUGCAGCUUUAGUUUUUUAGCUUUUUCCCUGGAAAUGGGCCACAUGUUAAUGAGUAUUUUAUCUUUAUUUUAAUAACUAAUUGAAAUCAGAGAGAAAUUAGGAGGUUGUAGUGGAGUUAGAAUGUAGAUGCUGCGCAGCAUAGCAUACAUGGCAGACUCUCUAGCUGGGUAUUGAUUUCAGUGCAACUAUAACCAAUAUAAUCAUAUCUAGAAUCAGCUUUUAACCCAAUCAGUAACAGUUAAUGAAUUAUGUAUUGAUUACCAGAUGGGGCAGGAGAUAUCUCGUGACAUUUACAGUGAUAUAGGGCAAACUUUAACGUCAAGCUCCUUUUUUAGUGAUAAUAUCGCUUUUCCUUUGACAAAAUGUAUAUAACUCUGAGAAACCUUUGAGUGACAGUACAAUAUUCAGAUUUGGUGUCUCUUGUGGCUUACUCUCUAGAUGGAGCAGGAGAUCUCUAGGUUUCAGCUCAAGAUGACUGACCUGGAGUCAGUUCUGCACCAAAAGGAUGUGGAGCUUAAGGCCUCUGAGACCCAGAGGACCAUCCUGGAGCAGGACCUGGCCACCUACAUCACAGAGUGCAGCGUGAGUACCUUAUUAGAGUGCAUGAUCCCAAAAUAUGUCAGUGUGUUGGUUUCUUAUCUACACCUAUACGUACAGUAACUAUAUCAGAGUUCAGUUCAGUGUGAGUACCUUAUAGCAUGUAUACUAUUACAUCCAUGUUGCAGUAAAAUAAAUGUUGAGGUGAUAUAUUUUUAUGCAUUCUGAUUUAAUUACAAAGUAACACGUGUGCAUGUGUUUUGUGUGUGUUUUUUGUGCAUGCAUGUAUGUGUGUGUUAUUUGUGCAUGUGUUUCCACAGAGCUUAAAGCACAGCCUGGAGGCAGCCCGUGUGGAGGUGUCUCAGGAGGAUGACAAGGCUCUGCAGCUGUUGCAUGACAUCAGAGAGCAGAGCAACAAGAUGCAGGAGAUCAAGGAACAGGUACACUCCCUUACCGGUGAACAGCAUGCUUACUUAAUUCACACCAAGGGUCGUAUGUAUCAAGCAUCUCAGAGUCUGAGUUCUGAUCUAGGAUCAGGCCCCCCUGUCCAUCCAUCUUAGCCUAUCCUGAUGAUGUAAAAGGCCAAACUGAUCCUAAAUCAGCACCUACUCUGAGACACUGAUACAUACGGCACCAAACCUACUAACUAACCCUCUGCCUUGCUGAGUUGUAACACAAACACUAACUACGACUGUGUCCCAAACUCAAGACAUCUCCCCUUGUUAGAUGUUCUUCUAAGGGAAACACCAGUUUGUAGACUUUCCCAAAAUCUAGAACAAAUAAAAUGCACUCUAGUAAGAACCAAUGAUGUAUAUCUAUGAUCAGGACUCCUGAAAUCACUGAAUGGUCAGUGAGAACCUUAUAGGGAUCAUCAGGCUUAGCAAGCCUCUCUUUGUCUGUGAUUCAUCAUCAUAUACUGUCCAGCAGCAGAAAGGCUCAUUCUACUGCUGUUAGUACAACAAGCCUUUCAACCCCACCGUCUCAAUGAGAGGCUCAUUCUACUGCUGUUAGUACAAGCCGUUUAACCCCACCAUCUCAAGUAUGAAAAUAAAUAAAAUAAAUGUAUGCACUCACUAACUGUAAGUCGCUCUGGAUAAGAGCGUCUGCUAAAUGACUAAAAUGUAAAUGUAAAAUGUCUCAAUGAGCGGCUCAUUCUACUGCUGUUAGUAAAACAAACCAGCCCUAGUCGGAUAUUAUCAAUUAGAAAUGGGUUUGUGACUCAUAAAGGAAAAAAUGACUUUUUAUUGACGAUAUGAUGAUUGUAAGGAAGAUGUUUGCCAUCCUGAAGGGUGGAUGUCAUUAUAGCAGGGGUCUCCAGCAGGUCGAUCACGAGCUGCGAGCAGCUCACAGCCCACCUAUGAUAAGCUCACCAAACAAUUCUGAAAGUGUAUGUAUUUUUCACGUGUUCCAUCGCAAAAUGUAAUAAACAAAUCUCACAAGUAUAAGACACCUCAAGCUCCCGGCUACUAUCCAAUCAAAUCCACAUUGACAUUAUCCCACCCCUAGUCAGAAACAAUUGGCUUAAAAAGUUAAAGGUAACACAAUAUCUCCCAAUUAAUUUCCAGCAUCAUUGCCCCUGUAUGUCUGUGGUGCCGCAUAUUUGUCUAUCAUUCACUUCGUGUAGCCAGUUAGAGAUAAAGAUUUUUCAGCCCUCUAAAAUGGUUUUCCAUUUGUGAUUUAAGCAUGGACAUGGACUCAGAACAUCCAAUUUCAUUGUUUCUCUAUGAAUAAUUGUAAUUUUGAGAGUGAAAAACGGAAAAAUCCCAAACCAGGAAAAAUAAAACAGAGAAAACAGAAUUCCGAAAAAUACAAAGAGAGCCUAUUUGAAAGCUAGGGGGAAAUGUAUGAGUAGCUCGCAAUGUUUAAUUAUUAAAAAUUAGCUCUCCCGCUAUAAAAGUUUGGAGACCCCUGCAUUUAUCCAAAAUGACUUAGUCAUGCAUGCAUACAUAUUGAUGUAUAGGAGGCCCCAGCGGGAAUCUAACACACGACCAUUGGCAUUGCUAGCACCAUGCUCUACUGACUGAGCCACACAGGACAACUUAUAUUAUUAUAUAUGAUAUACAGUGCAUUCGGAAAGUAUUCAGACCCCUUUUUCCACAUUUUGUUACCUUACAGCCUUGGAUUAAAAUAUAUUAAAUUAAUUAUUUUCCUCAUCAAUCUACACACAAUACCCCAUAAUGACAAAGCAAAAACUGGUUUUUAGAAAUAUUUGCAAAUGUAUUAAAAGUAAACUGAAAUAUCACAUUUAAAUAAGUAUUCAGACCAUUUACUCAGCACUUUGUUAAAGCACCUUUGACAGCAAUUACAGCCUCAAGUCUUCUUGGGUUUGACGCUACAAGUUUGGCACACCUGUAUUUGGGGAGUUUCUUCCAUUCUUCUCUGCAGAUCCUCUCAAGCCCUGUCAGGUUGGAUGGGGAACGUCGCUGCACAGUUAUUUUCAGGUCUCUCCAGAGAUGUUCGAUCGGGUUCAAGUCUGGGCCCUGGCUGGGCCACUCAAGGACAUUCAGAGACUUGUCCCGAAGCCACUACUGCGUUGUCUUGGCUGUGUGCCUAGGGUUGUUGUCCUGUUGGAAAGUGAGGUCCUGAGCGCUCUGGAGCAGGUUUUCAUCAAGGAUCUCUCUGUACUUUAAUCAGUUCAUCUUUCCCUUGAUCCUGACUAGUCUCCCAGUACCUGCUGCUGAUAAACAUCCCCACAGCAUGAUGCUGCCACCACCAUGCUUCACCGUAGGGAUGGUGCCAGUUUUCCUCCAGAUGUGACACUUGGCAUUCAGGCCAAAGAGUUUAAUCUUGGUUUCAUCAGACCAGAGAAUCUUGUUUCUCAUGGUCUGAGAGUCCUUUACGUGCCUUUUGGCAAACUCCAAGCGGGCUGUCAUGUGCCUUUUACUGAGGAGUGGCUUCCAUCUAGCCACUCUACCAUAAAGGCCUGAUUGGUGGAGUGCUGCAGAGAUGGUUGUCCUUCUGGAAGGUUCUCCCAUCUCCACAGAGGACCUCUGGAGCUCUGUCAGAGUGACCAUCGCGUUCUUGGUCACCUCCCUGACCAAGGCCCUUCUCCCCCUGAUUGCUCAGUUUUGCCGGGCAGCCAGCUCUAGGAAGAGUCUUGGUAGUUCCAAACUUCUUCCAUUGAAGAAUGAUGGAGGCCACUGUGUUCUUGGGGACCUUCAAUGCUGCAGAAAUGUUUUUGGUUCUCUUCAUCCUCAGAUCUGUGCCUUGACACAAUCCUGUCUCGGAGCUCUACGGACAAUUAUUUUGACCUCGUGGCUUGGUUUUUGCUCUGACAUACACUGUCAACUAUGGGACCUUUAUAUAGACAGGCGUGUGCCUUUCCAAAUCAUGUCCGAUCAAUUGAAUUUACCACAGGUGGACUCCAAUCAAGUUGUAGAAACAUCACACGGAUGAUCUAUGGAAACAGGAUGCACCGGAGCUAAAUUUCAAGUCUCAUAGCAAAGCGUCUGAAUACUUAUGUAAAUAAGGUAUUUCUGUUUUUAAUUUGGUAUCAAUUUGCAAAAAAAUCUAAAAAUCUGUUUUCGCUUUGUCAUUAUGGGGUAUUGUGUCUAAUUUGAUUAGAUUUUUUUUUAUUGAAUCCAUUUUAGAAUAAGGCUGUAACGUAACAAAAUGUGGAAAAAGUCAAGGGGUCUGAAUACUUUCCGAAUGCACAUAUUCAGUGUCUCGGUCUUGUCUAGUGUCAGAUACAUUUCUACUCGGUCUCCGACAGUGAGGACUUGUAAUUUCUUGCCGAGACCAGCGGAGUAAAGAACAUAAUUAUCAGCUUCUAUUCAGUCAGCGCAGAAAAGCGCUUCGCCAGGCCAAAUAUACACACUCCUUUCUUGAAAAAUGUAUAUAUUUUCACCUAUUGAAACCUGGGAUUCCUACUUUACUGGUAACAUUACUGUCCUUUACUUUCAUUGAAAAAUAUCCUAUAACUUUGUCCGAAUUUACUUGACUUGCUGAUAGGGAAGAGUGGGGGAAAUUGUUGGAACGUUGCAUGCUCACUAUUAGUCUGGGGAGACAGGGGGAAAUUGUAACAUAAGUCUUUAUAUGUAUUAUAGACAUGUUUGCGCAGUGGCGAACCUAUUGGCCAUAGGCCUUCAGUGUGUGACAGGUUUGUGAUGCUGAAAGGACAGCAACGGUAAUACCAGCAAUCAUGUAGGAGAGUGCACGUUUUGUAAAACACAAAGGGCUAGUGGUGUAGUGGAGGAUAUACGCAGGUAUACGCCCUAUACCCACUAUUUGUUUUUCAGAGGGCAUUGCCUAUUCGCACUUCUUAAUACGUUCUGUUGUGUAUCAAAGUAGUGUAGUGGAGGUAUACAACUUAUUAAUGAUGAAGGACAAUAGAGAAAUCAUGCACAAAGUAGCCUACACAUUCGCAAAGCACGUAAAAUAUAUUCACAUGCGCGCAGCACACAUAGUCUAGUUUCAGCAGAAUAUCAUCUGCAGGCAGCAAGAGCGUGCAGCUCUCAACUGGUUGUCACAUGGAGCAGCUCACAGAAGAAUGACAUCGUUAUCCAGUAGGUAGGAAAGACGUUUCAACUUAUGAUACACUACAUGACCAAAAGUAUGUGGACACCUGCUCCUCGAACAUCUCAUUUCAAAAUCAUGGGCAUUAAUAUGGAGUUGGUCCCCCUUUUGCUGCUAUAACAGCCUCCACUCUUCUGGGAAGGCUUUCCACUAGAUGUUGUAACAUUGCUGUGGGGACUUGCUUCCAUUCAGCCACAAGCAUUAGUGAGGUCGGGCACUGAUGUUGGGCGAUUAGGCCUGGCUCGCUGUCGGUGUUCCAAUUCAUCCCAAAGGUGUUGGAUGAGGUUAAGGUCAGGACUCUGUGCAGGCCAGUCAAGUUCUUCCACACCGAUCUCGACAAACCAUUUAUGUAUGGACCUCGCUUUGUGCACAGAGGCAUUGUCAUGCUGAAACAGGAAAGAGCCUUCCUCAAACUGUUGCCACAAAGUUGUAAGCACAGAAUCGUCUAGAAUGUCAUUGUAUGCUGUAGUGUUAAGAUGUCCCUUCACUGGUACUAAGGGGCCUAGCCCGAACCAUGAAAAACAGCCCCAGACCAUUAUUCCUCCUCCACCAAACAUUACAGCUGGCGCUAUGCAUUGGGGCAGGUAGCGUUCUCCUGGCAUCCGCCAAACCCAGAUUCGUCUGUCGGACUGCCAGAUGUUGAAGCGUGAUUCAUCACUCCAGAGAACGCGUUUCCACUGCUCCAGAGUCCAAUGGCAGCGAGCUUUACACCACUCCAUCCGACGCUUGGCAUUGCGCAUGGUGAUCUUAGGCUUGUUUGCGGCUGCUCGGCCAUGGAAACCCAUUUCAUAAAGCUCCCGACGAACAGUUAUUGUGCUGAUGUUGCUUCCAGAGGUAGUUUGGAACUCGGAAUUGAGGACAGACGAUUUUUACUUGCUUCAGCACUCGGCGGUCCCGUUCUGUGAGCUUGUGUGGCCUACCACUUCGCGGCUGAGCCGUUGUUGCUCCUAGACGUUUCCACUUCACAAUAACAGCACUUACAGUUGACCGGGGCAGCUUUAGCACGAACUGACUUGUUGGAAAGGUGGCAUCCUAUGACGGUGCCACAUUGAAAGUCACUGAGCUCUUCAGUAAGGCGAUUCUACUGCCAAUGUUUGUCUAUGGAGAUUGCAUGGCUGUGUGCUCAAUUUUAUACACCUGUCAGCAACGGGUGUGGCUGAAAUAGCCGAAUCCACUAAUUUGAAGGUGUGUCCACAUACUUUUGUAUAUAUAGUGUAUCUACCAGUAAGGUGGUCUCGAACACAACACUGUAUAUUAUGUCUCUUCCUUUGCCUUCUGCUCCAGGAGUACCAUGCCCAGCUGGAGGAGAUGCAGGUCACUAUCAGGCAGCUGGAAGAGGACCUGUCGGCCGCCCGGCGCCGUAGUGACCUGUACGAGUCAGAGCUUCGAGACUCCCGGAACACCAGCGAGGAACUCAAGAGGAAGGCUGUGGACUACCAGCAGAGAAUCCAGAAGGUGUUUGUGUGUGUGUGUGUGUUUGUGUGUGUGUGUGUUUGUGUGUGUGUGUGUGUGUGUGUGCGUGCGUGCGUGCGUGCGUGCGUGCGUGCGUGCGUGCGUGCGUGCGUGCGUGAGAGAAACUGAGUAGGCCAGAAGAGUGGAGGUUUUCCCUGUGUUGCCACUAAAAGUAAUCUACAGUUGUUGUGAACUGUGAAUGCUAACAUGUCUGUGGUCCUCUGUAGCUCAAUUGGUAGAGCACGGCGCUUGUAACGCCAGGGUAGUGGGUUCGAUCCCCGGGACCACCCAUACGUAAAAAUGUAUGCGCACAUGACUGUAAGUCGCUUUGGAUAAAAGCGUCUGCUAAAUGGCAUAUUUCUGUUCUCAAGGCGAAGGAGCAAGGGAAAGCAGAGGUAGAGGAGCUUCUUUCCAAACUGGAGAAGGUAUGUCGUAAUGAACUGUAUUGCUGAGGAGAUAAUAGACAAUGUGCUCACCCAUACUCUUCAAAAAUGGUUGGGUUCUGAAUCCUAAUUUUACCAUAGAGAAUUAAAUGGAUAAUAUCAAAAAUGUAUGUAUAGCCUUGCACUGAUGCGUUUUGGCCUCCGCCUUCUUCAGCGUGCAGAGAUUAGGUCCCAUUAUUGAUAGAUCAAUUUCACACAUUGACAUUACAGUCAGUUAAUCUUUCAUACUGUUUUUCAGACCAAUGCUGAACAGCAAGUGAAAAUCCAGGAACUCCAAGACAAACUUUCCAAGGUACAUUUUCUAUUGUUUUCUUCUGACGACACACACACUCACACGCACACACACACACUAUGGGGAAUUGCUUUAACUAAUAAUUUGACAUUUGUUAGACAUUUUGGCAAUUAAGCCCUUAAUUGCCAAAAAGGUCGACCUAUCCCUUUAAUGGACCCAAAUGAAUAGUUAGUCAUCAGCUGUUAUCACUGUGGUCCAAUAGGUACAUAGCUCUGAAUAGUUUUAAUGUAAUGAGUCAUAGACAUUCACAGUUCACACAAGUCGUGAGAAACAACUAUUCUUGGCUAAAUGCCAGUGCCAUUUAUGUGUAUUGUGUCAUGCCCUUUGCUCCCUCGGUGUUGGAAAACUUGGCAUUAAAAAGUAAUGAAACCUAAGGGGCUUUGUUGUCUCCAUACGGUGUCUCAUUUGACCCUUGACCCCCAGGCAGUGAAAGCCAGCACAGAAGCCACAGAGCUGUUGCAGAACAUCCGGCAUGCUAAAGAACGUCUGGAGCGGGAGCUGGAGCGCCUGCGAGGCAAGGCCGACCCCAGCGACACCCUCCGACGACGUCUAAGAGAGACCGAGGUACAGACUAUACAGUCAUAUUUGUGUUUGUUUGUUUUAUUGUUUGUAUUGUAAUAUAAUGUAUUUCAGUGUUGUUGACUGUCCUGUGGGAAUUAUUAUGAACUUGAACUUGAACGUUGUGUGUCCUGCAGGAGGGUAAGAAGACCCUGGAGAACCAGGUGAAGCGUCUGGAGAUGGUGGAGCGGAGGGAGAACAAGCUGAAGGACGAUAUCCAGACCAAAUCCCAGCAGAUCCAGCAGAUGGCUGAUAAGAUCCUGGUGAGAGAUGAGGGAUAAGGCUCCUCUUAAUACAGUGACCCCCCACCACUCCUCUAUCCCUCUCUGCCUUACCCCCUUAUCCCAGAACACAGGGUAGAGUGGGCACAUACACGCACAGUCGUAUAGAAUGCACAGUCGCAUGCGCACACACACACACACACACACACACACACUCACACAGGAAAUACCCUGCAUGCUGCCCCAUUGCAUGCACACGCACACAUUUUUAUCACUUGGGAUGUCCCGCCUGCUGUCACAAGCCACAACAGAUCCGCCGCUCACACAGGGGACGUCUUUCCUUACACAUUCACGCUGGCUGGGCUGCACGCCAGCAUGAAAGGCCACCACUACCACUGUGUCAUGGACAAACAGCUCUUCCAAGCAAGUUUCUCUGUAAUGGACUUAGUGACAGUGUGGAUAGUGCUUUCAUUAUCCAUAUUGUGUUUCCUUUUCUGUUCAUUUAGUAGUUUCUUCUUGUUACGUUGUGUACUUGUGGAUAUUAAUGGCUGUGUGUGUUUGCUGGUACAGGAGCUGGAGGAGAACCUGAGGGAGACCCAGUCCACAGCCCAGCGGAUGGAGGCUCACCUGGUGCAGAAGGAGAGGCUCUACGAGGACAAAAUGAAGGUGGAGUGGACUUUCAGUCAUCCUUGCGACCUGCAUGAUGAACAGGCUGUUUUUAUAUAUUGAAAAGUGUGGCCAAAGUCAGCUACCUGGUCACCUGGCUUUGUUGAUCCCCUUGAACCAGGGGUCAUGUUCAAUACGGCAGACCGUAGCAAAAUAAUUUUUGCAACUGAAAUACUGAAAUUUGUGUUCUUAUUGGACAAGGUCCGGUAGUACCUCCACAUUUCACUCAGUUUCAACCAGUUUUUCUCCCUACUGAACACUACCCAGAUCCUUGAGGCCCAGAUGAAGGUGGACCUGGCAGAGAAGGAGAGCUUGGAGUCCAAACGGGCCCAGCACCAGGAAGAGGCCCGGGAGAAGUGCAAGCUCCUCAGUGAACAGAAAGCAGUAAGGACCAUUUUCACAGAGAUGUACAUUGUGUUCUACUUCUGUUUCUCUGCCAACCUCAUCAAUUCUGCUCCAGCCUUAUUUCUCCUGUUCAAUUCAGUGAUCAAACAGUGCUAAGAAACCAACAUGAAACAAGGCGCAGCUGAAAAAGUUUUAACUAGCGUACUCGCUUUGCACUUUUUAACUGACUGCACUUCGAUUCAAUUUAUUUAAAAAUGUUCCUCACAAAGCUGUGUUGAUUGUCCAUACAGUACGUGCAGGGCUGUAAAGUGCAACAGUGCUUGCAUUUUGGAGAUAAAAAUUCUGUGCAAAGUGAACAUUAAUGUGAAUUAAAUCGCUUGUGUGUAAGUCGGUCAGUCGCGAGACUGUAGCUAAAAGUGGAGAUGAGAACAUUGAAUGAAGCACAUCAUAAGCUGCAUGUUAUAGAACAGGAGCAAGCCAAUUAAGCGAGCAAGCUGAAUAAAAGGGACCACGUAGGCAGGAGCCUCAGAGACUUCUGCUACAGCUUGUGUUUGUUUGAGGACAGAUUCUCUGACAUGUUUAUGGGCUAAGUUCUGUUUGUUUUCUUUGGCGCUACGCUCAAUUUGUCAAUGGGAAUCUUGUGGAGGUUAAAGGCUGAGAUAAUUCAGAGUAUUCCGUUACACCGGGUUGCUCUGCAAAGUCCUGGAUUAAGUCUGUAAUCUGGUUAAUGUGAUAGACUUGAGUAAUUCCUGCUAAUAGGCUUUAGGACCAGAGCCAGACGACAUUUGACAUUGACAGAAAGGGAUUCUGGCCUACACCUAAAUGUAGCCUUAGCCUAUGUAUUCAAUUCUUUUAGCGUUUCAAUACAGUAGCUACAAUCAGAGCCAUAUGUUUAAUUUAUAUGGCUUUUAUAUUUAGUCCCAGUCUGAAUAUAUGGGUCUGGCUACAAUCUUCUACCAUUUCUUCAACAAUUUCAGAUGUCUGUGUUUUCAUGGGAGUGAUGAACAAUGAACACAUUAUUUUGUGUGUGAUGUAAACCUUCGGCUUCAUAAAUAGAUAGGAUCACUUUGCAUCCACGUCUCAAAUAUUGUGAUACAGUGCUGCCUCGUGAAAUUUUGUCACACCCGCCCUGGCACAGUUUUCACAUUAUGUUCCCUUAAAUUGAAAUGUAGAAAUGCAUUACAUUUGGGUUUUAUUUCACAUAUUAUUUCACAUAUUUACAUCAAAGUGUGAUGCACUUUUUUUUUUCAGACCAUCAACGCUAUGGACUCCAAGAUGAAGAAUCUGGAACAACGGAUCGACGAACUCUCCGAGGCCAACAAGCUAGCCACUAACAGUAGCAUCUAUACCCAGAAAAACAUGUGAGUGUUGUGGCCUUCAACUGGGACUCCACACCCAACUAAACCCUCAUGCCAUCCCCUCAGAGAACCAAAGUUGCAUACGUUACCGAACAAGUUUACUAUUAUUCCCCAAACAAUGCAUUUUUGGGUUGAAACCUCAAUGGUCUCUCUCUCUGUCUGGCUGUGGUUGUGGCAGGAAAGCCCAGGAGGAGAUGAUCUCGGAGCUGAGGCAGCAGAAGUUCUACCUUGAGUCCCAGGCGGGGAAGCUGGAGGCCCAGAACGCCAAGCUGGAGGAGCACCUUGAGAAGAUGAACCAGCAGGAGCAGAGCAAGAGGAGCCGUCUGCUGGAGAUGGAGACCAUGCUCCGAGAGGUGAGAGUUGAAGUGAAUAAACUUUAUUGAUCCCCAGAGGGGAAAUUGGAUAAAUGGGAGAGGAUCCAGAGGAAAGGGCCACCUGUAUGGUGCAACAAUAAGACUUUAUUGGCUGGUUUCCUAGACACUGAAUAAGCCUAGUCCUGGACUAAAAAGCAUGCUCAGUGAAAAAUCUCCAUUGAAAGUGAUUUCUAGGCCAGGACCAGGCUUAAUCAAUAUCUGGGAAACCAGCCCUAAAAGUGUUGACUUUGGCUGGUAUUUGCACAAAGCUACUUGCAUGCAGUUUCAAGUGAUACAUCACCUCAAGCAACUUUACUGUUCCAAAAAAACAAUCCAUACCUUAGAAACCCACACCCAUGUAUUAUAAAAUCCAAAGCAAAGCGAUGACCCUUUAACCUCUGACCCUUUAACCUUUGGUGUUCUAGAUGGGCCUGGAGCACGAGGAGCAGAAGCUGGAGAUCAAGCGUCAGGUGACGGAGCUGACAUUGUCGCUGCAGGAGCGGGAGUCCCAGAUCAGCGGGCUGCAGGCGGCACGCCACGCCCUGGAGAGCCAGCUGCAGCAGGCCAAGACAGAGCUGGAGGACACCACCGCCGAGGCCGAGGAGGAGAUCACUGCCCUCAGGGUAGGACAGGAUAUGAGAGGACGUUGGCAGGACAACCAGACAAGUCAACACACAUAUACACAACCAACCUGACUUAUGUAAAUCACACUGAGGUCAAGAAUAAUAAUGUAUAAUAAUAUAUGCCAUUUAGCAGAUGCUUUUAUCCAAAGCGACUUAGUCAUUCGUGCGUACAUUUUAGUUGUCGGUGGCCCCGGGAAUCGAACCCAUAAUUAUUUUGUUUUUUUCAGGCUCACAGAGAUGAAAUCCAACGCAAGUUUGACGCCCUGAGAGACAGUUGCUCAGUAAGUAGAAAUUGUCGGCAUUCCAAACGCAGGAAAUGGCGGUAUAGCAUGUUGACUUUUUGUGCGUUCAAGCAAAGCAAUGAAACAUGUACUUAUUGAAUUCUGUUCGUUUGUAUGUGUUUCCACCCCCAUCAGGUGAUCACAGACCUGGAGGAGCAGCUGACCCAGCUGAGCCAGGAGAACGCCGAGCUGAACAGACAGAACUUUUACCUAUCCAAGCAGCUGGAUGAGGCCUCGGACGAGACGGACGACCGCCUGCAGCUGGGACAGGACGUGGACAGCCUCCGCCGCGAGGUGGCCGACCGAGAGAUGCACCUCAACAACCAGAAACAGGUGACAGACGUCUGCUCAUCAUUUGUUCCCUUUAACUUCCUGAAUGUUUGUUGAAUGUUUGUGAUACGUUCAAUGACUGCUUGUAGAACAUAGAGACGCUGAAGAUCAACUGGACCUAGAGAUGUAUACAGACUCAGCAUAGGAAGCGACAAGUGUAUCAGGUCGUUAUUGCAAAAGAGAAUGUGUUCUCAAUGACUUACCUGGUUACAUAAAGGCAUACCUAGUUACAUAAAGGCAUACCUAGUUACAUAAAGACAAAAUGAAACAAGUGACUGGUGUGCCUGUAGAACAUUGAGACUCUGAAGACAACGUGCAGCAUGCUGGAGGAACAGGUUGUGGAGCUGGAGAGCAUGAAUGAUGAGCUGCUGGAGAAAGAGAGACAGUGGGAGGCCUGGAGGGGAGCCCUGGAGGACGAGAAGAACCAGGCCGAGAGGAGGACCCGAGACAUGCAGCGCCUGAUGGACAACGAGAAGCAGAACAGGCAAAUACACACACACACACACACACACACGCCGGGUAUCAUACACACACGUAACAUGAGCAGGUGAUAUACACACACGCACAAGCGUUAAUAUGUACACACAUUCACACGUGUCAUACACACCCACACCAUCAUACAUAAACACACAUCAAACACCCAUACACACUACAUAGUAUAUACACAUGUGCUCAUCUCAUAUUGACAUUCGCAAAGGCCUGCACACAAAACACACACUGGUAUCACACAUACUAAUCAUGCAAACAUAGUUUCCUACCAACACACAGCUGUGCACACACAGUGAAUGUUAUGUUUCCAUGUGUGCAUAGGCUGCGUGCGGACCAGCGCAGUACCCAGUCUCGCCAGGCGGUGGAGCUAGCAGUCAGGGAACACAAGGCGGAGAUCUCGUCUCUGCAGCAAGCUCUGAAAGAACAGAGACUGAAGGCUGAGAGUCUCUCUGAUAUGGUGAGUCUUGUGUAGAGCGUGACACUAGCAACGUCAGGUUUGUGGGUUUGAUUCCUGUUGGGGUCAAAUAUACUAAGAAAAUAUGCACUGUAAGGCGCUUGGAUAAAAGUGUCUGCUAAAUGGCAUGUUAUAUUUAAGCAAUAAGGCCCGGGGGGUGUUUUAGAUGGCCAAUAUACCACGGCUAAGGGCUGUUCUUAGGCACGACGCACCCCCGAGGUACCUUAUUGCUAUUAUAAACUGGUUACCAACGUAAUUAGAGCAGUCAAAAAAUGUGUUUUGUCAUACCCGUGGUAUACGGUCUGCGGUCUGAUAUACCACAUUUACAUUUUACAUUUACGUCAUUUAGCAGACGCUCUUAUCCAGAGCGACUUACAAAUUGGUGCAUUCACCUUAUAGCCAGAGGGAUAACCACUUUACAAUGGUUUUUUUUUUUUUUAAAUUUAUUUGGGGGGUGGGGUAAGGGGGGGGUAGAAGGAUUACUUUAUCCUAUCCCAGGUAUUCCUUAAAGAGGUGGGGUUUCAAGUGUCUCCGGAAGGUGGUGAGUGACUCCGCUGUCCUGGCGUCGUGAGGGAGCUGGUUCCACCAUUGGGGUGCCAGAGCAGCGAACAGUUUUGACUGGGCUGAGCGGGAACUGUGAUUCCGCAGAGGUAGGGGGGCCAGCAGGCCAGAGGUGGAUGAACGCAAUGCCCUCGUUUGGGUGUAGGGACUGAUCAGAGCCUGAAGGUACGGAGGUGCCGUUCCCCUCACAGCUCCGUAGACAAGCACCAUGGUCUUGUAGCAGAUGCGAGCUUCAACUGGAAGCCAGUGGAGUGUGCGGAGGAGUGGGGUGACAUGAGAGACCUUGGGAAGGUUGAACACCAGACGGGCUGCGGCAUUCUGGAUGAGUUGUAGGGGUUUAAUGGCACAGGCAGGUAGCGAGUUGCAGUAAUCCAGACGGGAGAUGACAAGUGCCUGGAUUAGGACCUGUGCCGCUUCCUGUGUAAGGCAGGGUCGUACUCUCCGAAUGUUGUAGAGCAUGAACCUACAGGAUCGGGUCACCGCCUUGAUGUUAGCGGAGAACGACAGGGUGUUGUCCAGGGUCACGCCAAGGCUCUUCGCACUCUGGGAGGAGGACACAACGGAGUUGUCAACCGUGAUGGCGAGAUCAUGGAACGGGCAGUCCUUCCCCGGGAGGAAGAGCAGCUUCGUCUUGCCGAGGUUCAGCUUGAGGUGGUGAUCCGUCAUCCACACUGAUAUGUCUUCCAGACAUGCAGAGAUGCGAUUCGCCACCUGGUUAUCAGAAGGGGGAAAGGAGAAGAUGAGCUGUGUGUCGUCUGCGUAGCAAUGAUAGGAGAGGCCAUGUGAGGAUAUGACAGAGCCAAGUGACUUGGUGUAUAGCGAGAAUAGGAGAGGGCCUAGAACUGAGCCCUGGGGGACACCAGUGGUGAGAGCACGUGGUGCGGAGACAGAUUCUCGCCACGCCACUUGGUAGAAGCGACCGGUCAGGUAGGACGCAAUCCAAAAGUGAGCCGCGCCGAAGAUGCCCAGCUCGGAGAGGGUGGAGAGGAGGAUCUGAUGGUUCACAGUAUCAAAGGCAGCAGACAGGUCUAGAAGGACAAGAGCAGAGGAGAGAGAGUUAGCUUUAGCAGUGCGGAGAGCCUCCGUGACACAGAGAAGAGCAGUCUCAGUUGAAUGACCAGUCUUGAAACCUGACUGGUUUGGAUCAAGAAGGUCAUUCUGAGAGAGAUAGCAAGAGAGUUGGCUAAAGACGGCACGCUCAAGAGUUUUGGAGAGAAAAGAAAGAAGGGAUACUGGUCUGUAGUUGUUGACAUCAGAGGGAUCGAUUGUUGGUUUUUUGAGAAGGGGUGCAACUCUCGCUCUUUUGAAGACGGAAGGGACAUAGCCAGCGGUCAAGGAUGAGUUGAUGAGCGAGGUGAGGUAAGGGAGAAGGUCACCGGAGAUGGUCUGGAGAAGAGAGGAGGGGAUAGGGUCAAGCGGGCAGGUUGUUGGGCGGCUGGCCAUCACAAGUCGCAAGAUUUUAUCUGGAGAGAGAGGGGAGAAAGAAGUCAAAGCAUAGGGUAGGGCAGUGUGAGCAGGACCAGCAGUGUCAUUUGACUUAACAAACGAGGAUUGGAUGUCGUCAACCUUCUUUUCAAAAUGGUUGACGAAGUCAUCCACAUAGAGGGAGGGGGAGGGGGGGGGGAUUCAGCAGGGAGGAGAAGGUGGCAAAGAGCUUCCUAGGGUUAGAGGCAGAUGCUUGGAAUUUAGAGUGGUAGAAAGUGGCCUUAGCAGCAGAAACAGAUGAAGAAAAUGUAGAGAGGAGGGAGUGAAAAGAUGCCAGGUCCGCAGGGAGUCUAGUUUUCUACCAUUUCCGCUCGGCUGCCCGGAGCCCUGUUCUGUGAGCUCGCAAUGAGUCAUCAAGCCACGGAGCAGGAGGGGAGGACCGAGCCGGCCGGGAGGAUAGGGGACAUAGAGAGUCAAAGGAUGCAGAAAGGGAGGAGAGGAGGGUUGAGGAGGCAGAAUCAGGAGAUUGGAGGGAGAAGGAUUGAGCAGAGGGAAGAGAUGAUAGGAUGGAAGAGGAGAGAGUAGCUGGAGAGAGAGAGCGAAGGUUGCGACGGCGCAUUACCAUCUGAGUAGGGGCAGAGUGAGUAGUUUUGGAGGAGAGCGAGAGAGAAAAGGAUACAAAGUAGUGGUCCGAGUCAUGCAGGGGAGUUGCAGUGAGAUUAGUAGAAGAACAGCAUCUAGUAAAGAUGAGGUCAAGCGUAUUGCCUGCCUUGUGAGUAGGGGGGGACGGUGAGAGGGUGAGGUCAAAAGAGGAGAGGAGUGGAAAGAAGGAGGCAGAGAGAAAUGAGUCAAAGGUAGACGUAGGGAGGUUGAAGUCACCCAGAACUGUGAGGGGUGAGCCAUCCUCAGGAAAGGAACUUAUCAAGGCGUCAAGCUCAUUGAUGAACUCUCCAAGGGAACCUGGAGGGCGAUAAAUGACAAGGAUGUUAAGCUUGAAUGGGCUAGUGACUAUGACAGCAUGGAAUUCAAAUGAGGAGAUAGACAGAUGGGUCAGGGGAAAAAGAGAGAAUGUCCACUUGGGAGAGAUGAGGAUUCCUGUGCCACCACCCCGCUGACCAGAUGCUCUUGGGGUAUGCGAGAACACAUGGUCAGACGAGGAGAGAGCAGUAGGAGUAGCAGUGUUUUCAGUGGUAAUCCAUAUUUCCGUCAGCACCAAGAAUUCGAGGGACUGGAGGGUAGCAUAGGCUGAGAUGAACUCUGCCUUGUUGGCCGCAGAACGGCAGUUCCAGAGGCUGCCGGAGACCUGGAACUCCACGUGGGUCGUGCGUGCAGGGACCACCAGGUUAGAGUGGCAGCAGCCACGCGGUGUGAGGCGUUUGUAUAGCCUGUGCGGAGAGGAGAGAACAGGGAUAGACAGAGGCAUAGUUGACAGGCUACAGAAAAUGGCUACAAUAAUGCAAAGGAGAUAGGAAUGAAAUGAACUAAACAUCUGGGAAAGCGAGAGAGCGGGGCCUCCCUCACUUACGUUUCACUGAAACACCCAAAUAUAACUCUCCCAACUUCCACCUCAGAAACUAUAAUUGUUGUAAACUACAGUGGUUCAAUGUUUUCUAGGAAUAGACUAACUUAGUUUAUUCAGCUAGUUAACUUGGUACAGUAUUCUUCCGUGAAAACUGUCCAGGGCACCUAGUCAUAAGACGCCACAGCCAGCUAGCAUGCUGGACUCCAACAACACGGUUUAGCACCAAUACUCGGCCAAAACAAACCACCAGUGUGUCAACACGCCAAGCAGAUCAUUCGUGUCCGUGUCUAACGUUGUGGGUUAGUCCCGACAGCUUGAGCGAGUCCGUCGUCAACUUAUUCAGCCAGUUAGUUAGCUAGAAUAGUUAGCAUACUAGCUAGCCAUUGCUUUCAGACAAAGAAGAAACCCCUCCUCCCACGGCACGAACACACAGAGAGAGCCAAGCUAACGUUAACUAGUCACCCAUGUCCCGAAUUCCCUUGAACGACUCUGGCUACCAGUAUGUAAAAACAAAACACAAAUGUAGGUUAUAACUUACCCCUAGCAGCUACUGUUAGCUAGCCAAGUGCAAAGCUAGCCACUGAAUUGACUCAGCCAGUUCGCGUCUGUUCGCUAGGUCGUUCAAGCUAUUGUUUACUAGUAGCUAUCCAUGUAGCAACAAGCUAGCUAAAUCUCAAGCACAGUAGCCACUUACUACCUAACGUUAACGCUUCAGACAAUGAGGUUAGAAAAACAGCUGAAUGGUAGGCAUUAUUGUAUGUAAUUAUUGUAGGCAGCUAGCUGGCGUAAUUACAGGUACUCUCAGGCGUGAAACAACUAUCCACAGUUGCUAAUAGUUACCAGUAGCUACCCGCUAGCUAGUCCAGAUAGUGGGUUAGCUAGCUUCGUGCUUCACCGGGCUCAGCCGAAUACAAUACUAACCUACAAUAAUUACAUACAACAACCCACGAUAACUACCUACAAUACCUAACUACAAUCUAAAUACAUUGUUUAAGCUUUACUCGACAAAGCCCAAACUAUGUAUAUAAGCCAUAUAAGCCAAGCUUACCUCCCGCCAGAGAGAGACACAACCUCACCCGACGAUGACGACGACGGCUGUCAGCCAAUAAGCAUUCAGGGCUCGAACCACCUAGUUCAUAAUAUUAUGAUUAUUUUACACACAUUUUUUAUCUGUGUGUUGUCAGCUGAAUGACCUGGAGAAGAAGCACACCAUGCUGGAGAUGAACGCCCGCACCCUGCAGCAGAAACUGGAGACAGAGAGGGAGCUGAAGCAGAGGCUGAUGGAUGAGGUAGAAAGUACCUCACAGUGCUGAUCUAGGAUCAGUUUUGCCUUUUAAAUAAUAAUGAAUAAGAUAACAUGGACAUAGGGGGGCUGAUCCUAGAUCAGCACUUCACCUCUGAAACUUUUUGUGAAGACGAGCCCAAGUGAGAUAGAACUGUAAAGAGUUAACAAAAUAGCUUUAGCUUGUCUUGGAAUGAUGUGUGUUUGUGUGGUGACCUCCCCACCACAGCAAGGCAAGCUGCAGCAGCAGAUGGACCUACAGAAGAGCCACAUCUUCCGUCUGACCCAGGGCCUGCAGGAUGCUCUGGACCAGACUGACCUGCUGAAGACUGAGAGGACCGACCUGGAGUACCAGCUGGAGAACAUUCAGGUGACAUUACACUCACUCCCACUUAGACUGUUAUUACACUGCUGAGCUGAGCUGUACGGGCCUGGGAGGUAUUCAUUAGGCACCAAACGGACUGAAACAGGGAGGGACUACGUGGUCUUGUCCAAUAAGAAACGCUAAUUUUCGCUUUGAAAAGUUUUCUGUUGCGUUCCCUAAUGAAUACGACCCAUACAUCCGCCAUAGUUGCUGGAACACAGCUGCUACAGCUAGUUCAAUUUGAGAUGUUAGCUGGUACUCUUAUAUUGAGGCUGAUUCUGAGAUGUUGCUCCUCUUCUUCUCCCACCACACUCAGGCUGUCUAUUCUCAUGAGAAAGUCAAGAUGGAGGGCACCAUUUCUCAGCAGACCAAACUGAUUGACUUCCUACAGGCCAAAAUGGACCAGCCCACCAAGAAGAAGAAGGUGAGAGAACUCAGUGAUGGAAAUCUGGUAAAUCGCACAGUCUGCAUAGGAGCAGAUGUUUAUUGUUCUUCGAGAGGACACUCACUACACACACACACACAGAUUUUUCAUUUAUCGUGGUCCCGUGUAGCUCAGUUGGUAGAGCAUGGCACUUGCAACGCCAGGGUUGUGGGUUUGACUCCCAUUGGGGACCAGUACGAACAAAUAUGAAAAGGUAUGCACUCACUACUGUAGGUCACUCUGGUUAAGAGCGUCUGCUAAAUGACUAAAAUGUAAAUGUUAUCUCAACGAGAAUGAAAACACACACAGAGACAUUAUAAUGUCACUGUAUGUGAGAGAAGCACCCUCUCUUUCUCCUGCCAGGGUAUCUUUGGCCGUCGCCGUGAGGAGCUGGGGUCCAAUGGGAACGGUGCUGGGGGAUCCGGGGCCCAGGCUCAGCCGGCGCUGCCCAUGCAGUACAGUGACAUGAAGGUGGCCCUGGAGAAGGAGAGGACACGCUGCUCAGACCUGGAGGAGGCCCUGCAGAAGAUGAGGAUAGAGCUGAGAUCACUAAGAGAAGAGGGUAAGAGGGUGGGUGGUGUUGGCAACAACCUCUUACAGGAUCUAGGCCCAUAUUCAUAAAGCCUCUGAGAGCAGGAGUGCUAAUCUAGGAUCAGGUGCCCCCCUGUCCAUGCAAUAUUAUUAAUUAUGAUCUAAAAGGCAAAACUGAGUUGUUUGUGAAUAUAUGCCCUGAUGGUUGUCAUAGUGUCUGGUUCAAAUCCUGGACUGUAUCCUGUCCUUUCCUUGAACUUCUCACUGAUCUGACAUAAUAUUGGGGAGAGCUGUCCAGUGGAAUGCUGUCUUUAUUCAGGGGAGUGAGGAUACGUUUUUGAAGUAUUUGAAUACGGUCAUUGUAUAUUGAUGAUGGGGACAUGAAGCAACGUUUCUGGUGUGUCGAAGUGUGCCAGAUGUACCCAAAGGCUAACGUUUCCCCUGCCUUCCUCCCCGGGGGUGGCAGGUAGCCUGGCGGGCAGGAGUGUUGGGCCAGUAACCGAAAGGUUGCUGGAUUGAAUCCCUGAGCUGUCAAAAGGUAAAAAUGUGUCAUUCUGCCCCUGAGCAAGGCAGUUAACCCACUGUUCACCGGGCGCCGAAGACAUGGAUGUCGAUUAAGGCAGCCCUCUGCACUUCUCUGAUUCAGAAGGGUUGGGUUAAAUGCGGAAGACACAUUUUAGUUAAAUGCAUUCAGUUGUACAACUUUCCCCCCAGCGGCCCAUUUCAAAGCCUCAGAGCAUGCCCCGGCCAUGCCUGCCUCUUCCCGCCAGCAGAUCCUCAUGUCGGCCAUCGUCAAGUCCCCUGAGCUCCAGCCCAACCCCAGCAGCCUCCUUGCCCGCUGCAAGGAGAGCUCCACUCCAGAGGGUAAGUCCCACAGCCCCUGCUCUCUGUCUUUUGUCGCUCUCUCUCUCUCUCAUUUUCUCUCUCGCCUUGCUAUCUUCUGCUGUCACCUAGCCACUUUUAGAACUCUUUUUUUUUCUCUCUCUUAUUCUGCUCACAGAGAAGCGAAGAGUAACUUUUGAAAGUAAGUGUAUUCCCAGUUUGAAACUGUUUUUGUGCUUGUUGUGUUCAUCUCUUCGCUGUAACUGGUUCAUGGGGCACAUUUACAAUGCUUGUCUGCAUCUGAGGUGCAUGUGAUGCAGGGUUUCCAUUAGCCGGUAAAUGCUAUCUUUUGGCAAUUUUUUGUUUUUUUUAAGCAGAUAAAUCAAAUUGUUGCCAGCCAAAUUGUCCUGGGGAAAAAAAUCCAUUGCAAAAUAAUGCUAUUUUUUUUGUUUGUUUAAAAAAACAUUUUAAAUACCAGUCGAUGUGCUCCAACUUCAAAGGCAAAUAAAUCCUCAAGCUGCUUGGAAAUGUACUUGACAAAGCAAAAUAGGUCCUCAUAAGGGACUUCAGCUAAGUGUACCCCGACUGGCAAAAUUGACGAAGAUUGUGUUGAUUAUCCCAGUUUCUAGUGUGAGGGGAUUCUUUCUCCAAAACAGAGUAAAGAGUGCCUCAAGAUCACACCUUCUCGAGGACAAAGUAACGAGGCUGAUGCGCAUCGCAAGCUGCUCCAAGGAGUUGGACAGUUUUGACUUCCCAACAGCAGUGGCUCACUUUGAGCAGGCCAUCGUCUGCCGCAAACACAAGUAAAUUAGAGGCAAAUUCUUGUGUUCGUCAGGCCCGGUCCUAGAAGUUCUGCUGCCGCCCUAGGCAAGAUCAAUAUAUGCCACCUCUGUGUCAUGUAGUAUAGACGCCAGCAAUGCAUGUUAAUAGUAUGAAGAUUGGAAUAGAUUGAUAGACUAAAGUAAUGAUGUGUAUCAUGCGCAAUUGGUGCAUUUUAGUUGAGCUUAUUCAGGAGUAUUUGGAAACGAAACAUCGUUGCCAACUAUUCACAUUGGAGAGUUGAUCUCACUAGGCACAGAGUUGUUAUCAAUAAGCCACGUAUAUCACACAUUACACAAGUCACGACCCCACUAUAAUUCAAAUUACAAUAAACAUAACAUUUAUUAACAUCAUCCAGUAGAACUGUAAAAAGAGUGAGAUAUAAUUUGAUCUUUGGAAACCAGUGCUUUCAUAAAUGCAUGGCACGGGCCUCGUUUCACAGGAGAAUUGUAAAAUAAGCUUUCUCUCAAUGAACCAGCCUUAACCAAUUUUGUUUAUUUACAUAUCGAAUUUGAUUGUCCAACAUCAGUUUGAUAAUUUCUUCAUUUUGUGGCCGCCUAGAGUGUCCUCUUUCCACUGCUGUGGUGCUACGGGCCGACCCGGUCAUGGCUAGAAGGGUCCAGCUUUUGUCAAACAAAUGUCAAAAGUUAUUAAUUUUUUGUGCAUUUUAGCAAACCCCAACCCUUUUCUUAACCUUAACCUAAUUCUCCUAACCUGCUACAUUAAUUCUCCUAAACUGCUGCGUAAAUUCUCCUAACCUGCUUCAAAAAGACAAAUCUGAUAUGAAUUUGACAAAAGCUGUAUUCCUUCUCGCCAUGACCUGCUGGCCCUGGUGUUCGUAGACGGACAUAUUUUGUUAUUUAUUAGGGCUAAAUCAAAUUAGAGAGAGUCCUAGAUUGUAUUUGAAAACCGCUGUUUAUUUAUUAAUUACAAUUUUCAUACAAAUAGCCUAUAGGGUCGUUCGCAAAUUAUAUUAUACAAAUAUAAUAUUUAGAAGUUGGGUUUUAUUACUGUUUUUUUUUUUUAUAUUCAUUUAUGAUUUAUUACAGGGAUGAAGAUGCAAUGGGCAAUGUUUUGCUUUUCAAUAAAACCUGUCAUGUUAGUAUAAGAACAUAAUUCUCCUUUAUUUUAUUAAAACUUUACAGGCUAAUUUCUAUUCUGGUAAGAUUAAUUACAAUAAUCAAAAUGUGAUUUUGAGCACCUUGGGUGGAUGCCCUAAUGCGUUAAGCACCCAAUGCAUAUAUAGAUGUCCGGUACAUUUCUCAAAUGUCCUGUAUAUUGAAAUCUUGCCGGUCACAUUGUUCGGCGCCAAAGUUUCCUAACAGAAACCAUGAUGUGAUGCUGGCAGGGUUAUUGGCUGAAGGAACAAGUGUCUAGAGUAUCAGUAGGCAAAAAUAGCGAGUGAUUCAGAAUGCAAUCAGGAAAUGCUCCAGCAGUUGGUAAACAAGAUGGGGGUGGGUCUUGGCAAAUGUAACCGCCACUGAGUUAUAUUAAAUUCUGUGCCAAACGCCCUCAAACGCAAAGAAGAGGGUAAGGUUCAGGACUUCUGGUUUACAGUUCGCUGCAUUUGUUGAUAACGAAAUCUGAAAAUACUCUGGAUACAUUCAGUAACAUAAGAAUAUUCCUGGAAAAUGUGGUGUAGGUGCAACAUAAGACAAAACAAUUCCAAGGGUUUGAGUGAGAGGACUAACUGGUGUCUCCAAUGGCCACACACCUCUCCAAGGUGUGCAGGGUUCCUAAGUCAUUUCAAUGCACUUUCAGAACAGUCUCCUAGCUGUGCCAUUGAGGAACUAGGUUAAGCACACUUGUAGUAGUUUUUUUUGGAACCCCAUCACACGCCAUCCAAAAACGUCCCAUUAUAAAUGGGCCUCCUGUAGCUCAGUUGGUAGAGCAUGGCGCUUGCAACGCCAGGGUUGUGGGUUCGAUUCCCACGGGGGCCAGUAUGAAAAAUGUAUGCACUCACUAACUGUAAGUCGCUCUGGAUAAGAACGUCUGCUAAAUUACUAAAAUGUAAAAUGUAAAUAUAUCGCAAUCUGGGUCAGGUGGACAUCAUUUUAAAGCUUGUUAUAUUGCCAACAUGACUAGCUAAGUUAUAAAAUACGAUCUUACAGUGUUAGGCUUUCACAGGGCAAUUCAGAGAAAAUAUAUACAUUUUUGUGCUCGUAGAAAGGAGUCGUGUUCAUUCAGGUGCGUGCAUUCAGAUGCGUGUUGCGCGGAAAAUUAUCUUCACAAUAGACAAACAGGCUCAUUCUGUUCAGAACAACCCAGGGUAUGACGACAUGUCAUCUUGUAACUGUACAUCAAACAUAGUGAUCAUAAACAUUGACACUGUAUAUGACAUGAGUUUUAUGAUAUGGAAAUGUGAAGUGCACAUUUGGACUCACGGUUGUUUGGCUUGCUUGUAUGACAUCAAAGCGGUAUUUAUUAUAAUCCUCAACAUCUCAUCUUCGAAAUAUACUGAGUCAUCUUAAUUUACAGCAAAUCACUCACUCAGACAACAAAAAAUGUGCAGAAAUUCCCCAAUUAGCGGGAGGGAUUAUGGGGGCAACGUCUUGUCGUGUGCGGUGCUCAAGUUUAGAAAGGCUGUCAGUCAAAACCCAUACAGAGCUGUGAAGCGGUGAGCUCUGACGUCAUUUAUAGCAUGUUACCAUACAGCCACUGUGUUCCAAUUUAGGUGCUUAUCACUGCCCAAAUCUGCCAUUUUCAACCCGUAUACAGGGAUGAGUGUAAAGGGUUAACCAGCCUUUCUUUUUGCAAAGCUAAGUAGAUCUUAAACCAUUACAUAUUUUAUAAAUACCUACAGACAUUGUCAUCUGCAUGAUCCAACUCAUAGUCAUGGUUAUGUCACUAGAACAGAGAACAUGCAAGUGCAGAGAAUUUUUUGGGUAUACUAUGCCUCGUAUACCACUUGCUUAGUCUUGCUGUCAAAAAACUGCUGCUUUUUCAUGUCAGGAACUUUUAAGUGACACAAACAAUAUAAAGUGCAUUCGGAAAGUAUUCAGACCCCUUGACUUUUUCCACAUUUUGUUAAGUUACAGCCUUAUUCUAAAAUGGAUUAAAUCAACAUUUUCCUCAUCAAUCUACACACAAUACCCCAUAAUGACAAAGCGAAAACUGGUUUUUAGAAAUGUUAGAACAUUUAUUACAAAUAAAAACAGAAAUACCUAAUUUACAUAAGUAUUCAGACCCUUUGGUAUGAGACCCGAAAUUGAGCUCAGGUGCAUCCUGUUUCCAUUGAUCAUCCUUGAGAUGUUUCUACAACUUGAUUGGAGUCCACCUGUGAUAAAUUCAAUUGAUUGGACAUGAUUUGGAAAUAUAUAUAAGGUCCCACAGUUGACAGUGCGUGUCAGAGCAAAAACCAAGCCAUGAGGUCGAAGGAAUUCUCCGUAGAGCUCCGAGACUGGAUUGUGUCGAGGCCCAGAUCUGGGGAAGGGUACCAACAACUUUCUGCAGCAUUGAAGGUCCCCAAGAACACAGUGGCCUCUGUCAUUCUUAAAUGGAAGAAGUUUGGAACCACCAAGACUCUUCCUAGAGCUGGCUGCACAGCCAAACUGAGCAAUUGGGGGAGAAGGGCCUUGGUCAGGGAGGUUACCAAGGACCUGAUGGUCACUCUGACAGAGCUCCAGAGUUCCUCUGUGGAAAUGGGAGAACCUUCCAGAAGGACAACCAUCUCUGCAGCACUCCACCAAUCAGGCCUUUAUGGUAGAGUGGCCAGACGAAAGCCACUCCACAACAAAAGGCACAUGACAGCCCGCUUGGAGUUUGCCAAAAGGCACCUAAAGGACUCUCAGACCAUGAGAAACAAGAUCCUCUGGUCUAAUGAAACCAAGAUUGAACUCUUUGGCCUGAAUGCCAAACGUCACAUCUGGAGGAAACCUGGCACCAUCCCUACGGUGAAGCAUGGUGGUGGCAGCAUCAUGCUGUGGGAAUGUUUUUCAGCGGCAGGGACUUGGAGACUAGUCAGGAUCGAGAGAAAGAUGAAUGGAUCAAAGUACAGAGAGAUCCUUGAUGAAAACCUUCUCCAGAGCGCUCAGGACCUCAGAAUGGGGCGAAGGUUCACCUUCCAACAGGACAACAACCCUUAGCACACAGUCAAGACAACGCAGGAGUGGCUUCGGGACAAGUCUCGGAAUGUCCUGGAGUGGCCCAGCCAGAGCCCGGACAUGAACCCAAUCGAACAUCUCUGGAGAGACCUGAAAAUAGCUGUGCAGCAACGCUCCCCAUCCAACCUGACAGAGCUUGAGAGCAUCUGCAGAGAAGAAUGGGAGAAACUCCACAAAUACAGGUGUGCCAAGCUUGCAGCGUCAUACCCAAGAAGACUUGAGGCUGCAAUCGCUGCCAAAGGUGCUUCAACAAAGUACUGAGUAAAGGGUCUGAAUACUUAUGUAAAUGUGAUGUAUCAUUUUUUAAUGUUUUUAUACAUUUGCAAAAAUUUCAAAAAACCUGUUUUUGCUUUGUCAUUACGGGGUAUUGACUGUAGAUUGAUAAGGGAAAAAAAUUAUUUAAUCAAUUUUAGAAUAAGGAUGUAACGUAACAAAAUGUGAAAAAGUCAAGGGGUCUGAAUACUUUACGAAUGCACUGUAUGUGCAAGACCACUGCAAACUCACUCAUUCUAGUUUUCACUCAUUUUCACUGUCUCUUUUCCUCCCUCAAUCUUGUUGUAGAGUAUGGGCGUCGUGUGAAGGAGAGGAUGCACCACAACAUCCCCCAUCGUUUCACCGUAGGACUCAACAUGAGGGCCACCAAGUGUGCUGUCUGCCUGGACACCGUGCACUUUGGACGCCAGGCCGCCACCUGCCUAGGUUAGUAGGUCCUACUGUACUUCACUGCCUUUCUUCCUCGUCAUCACUGUUGUGGUAGCACUGCUGUUGAGCUCAUGAGCAAUGUCCCAGACCACUGCAUUAUGUUCAUUACCAGGGCUCCAGACUGCGUCUACCUGCCCUUACAGUGGCUUGCGAAAGUAUUCACUCCCCUUGGCAUUUUUCAUAUUUUGUUGCCUUACAACCUGGAAUUAAAAUAUAUUUUUGGGGGGGUUUGUAUCAUUUGAUUUACACAACAUGCCUACCACUUUGAAGAUGCAAAAUAUUUUUUCUUGUGAAACAAACAAGAAAUAAGACAAAAAAAACAGAAAACUUGAGCGUGCAUAACUAUUCACCCCCCCAAAGUCAAUACUUUGUAGAGCCACCUUUUGCAGCAAUUACAGCUGCAAGUCUCUUGGGGUAUGUUGGCACAUCUAGCCACUGGGAUUUUUGCCCAUUCUUCAAGGCAAAACUGCUCCAGCUCCUUCAAGUUGGAUGGGUUCCGCUGGUGUACAGCAAUCUUUAAGUCAUACCACAGAUUCUCAAUUGGAUUGAGGUCUGGGCUUUGACUAGGCCAUUCCAAGACAUUGAAAUGUUUCCCCUUAAACCACUUGAGUGUUGCUUUAGCAGUAUGCUUAGGGUCAUUGUCCCGCUGGAAGGUGAACCUCUGUCCCAGUCUCAAAUCUCUGGAAGACUGAAACAGGUUUCCUUCAAGAAUUUCCCUGUAUUUAGCGCCAUCCAUCAUUCCUUCAAUUCUGACCAGUUUCCCAGUCCCUGCCGAUGAAAAACAUCCCCACAGCAUGAUGCUGCCACCACCAUGCUUCGCUGUGGGGAUGGUGUUCUCGGGGUGAUGAGAGGUGUUGGGUUUGCGCCAGACAUAGCAUUUUGCUUGUUGGCAAAAAAGCUAAAUUUUAGUCUCAUCUGACCAGAGUACCUUCUUCUAUAUGUUUGGGGAGUCUCCCACAUGGCUUUUGGCGAACACUUAUUUUUUUCUUGAAGCAAUGGCUUUUUUCUGGCCACUCUUCCGUAAAGCCCAGCUCUGUGGAGUGUACGGCUUAAAGUGGUCCUAUGGACAGAUACUCCAAUAUCCGCUAUGGAGCUUUGCAGCUCCUUCAUGGUUAUCUUUGGUCUCUUAGUUGCCUCUCUGAUUAAUGCCCUCCUUGCCUGGUCCGUGAGUUUUGGUGGGCGGCCCUCUCAUGGCAGGUUUGUUGUGGUGCCAUAUUCUUUCCAUUUUUUAAUAAUGAAUUUAAUGGUGCUCUGUGGGAUGUCCAAAGUUUCUGAUAUUUUUUUAUAACCCAACCCUGAUCUGUAGUUCUCCACAACUUUGUCCCUGACCUGUUUGGUGAGCUCCUUGGUCUUCAUGGUGCCGCUUGCUUGGUGGUGCCCCUUGCUUAGUGGUGUUGCAGACUCUGGGGCCUUUCAGAACAGGUGUAUAUAUACUGAGAUCAUGUGACACUUAGAUUGCACACAGGUGGACUUAAUUUAACUAAUUAUGUGACUUCUGAAGGUAAUUGGUUGCACCAGAUCUUAUUUAGGGACUUCAUAGCAAAGGGGGUGAAUACAUACAGUUGAAGUCGGAAUUUACAUACACUUAGGUUUUUCAACCACUCCACAAAUUUCUUGUUAACAAACUAUAGUUUUGGCAAGUCGGUUAGGACAUCUACUUUGUGCAUGACACAAGUAAUUUUUCCAACAAUUGUUUACAGACAGAUUAUUUCACUUAUAAUUCACUGUAUCACAUUUCCAGUGGGUCAGAAGUUUACAUACACUAAGUUGACUGUGCCAUUUAAACAGCUUGGAAAAUUCCAGAAAAUGAUGUCAUGGCUUUAGAAGCUUCUGAUAGGCUAAUUGACAUCAUUUGAGUCAAUUGGAGGUGUACCUGUGGAUGUAUUUCAAGGCCUACCUUCAAACUCAGUGCCUCUUUUCUUGACAUCAUGGGAAAAUCAAAAGAAAUCAGCCAAGACCUCAGACAAAUAAUUGUAGACCUCCACAAGUCUGGUUCAUCCUUGGGAGCAAUUUCCAAACGCCUGAAGGUAUCAUGUUCAUCUGUACAAACAAUAGUACGCAAGUAUAAACACCAUGGGACCACGCAGCCGUCAUACCGCUCAGGAAGGAGACGCGUUCUGUCUCCUAGAGAUGAACGUACUUUGGUGCGAAAAGUGCAAAUCAAUCCCAGAACAACAGCAAAGGACCUUGUGAAGAUGCUGGAGGAAACAGGUACAAAAGUAUCUAUAUCCACAGUAAAACAAGUCCUAUAUCGACAUAACCUGAAAGGCCGCUCAGCAAGGAAGAAGCCACUGCUCCAAAACCGCCAUAAAAAAGCCAGACUACGGUUUGCAACUGCACAUGGGGACAAAGAUCGUACUUUUUGGAGAAAUGUCCUCUGGUCUGAUUAAACAAAAAUAGAACUGUUCGGCCAUAAUGACCAUCAUUCUGUUUGGAGGAAAAAGGGGGACGCUUGCAAGCCGAAGAACACCAUCCCGACCGUGAAGCACGGGGGUGGCAGCAUCAUGCUGUGGGGGUGCUUUGCUGCAGGAGGGACUGGUGCACUUCACAAAAUAGAUGGCAUCAUGAGGAAGGAAAAUUAUGUGGAUAUAUUGAAGCAACAUCUCAAGACAUCAGUCAGGAAAUUAAAGCUUGGUCGCAAAUGGGUCUUCCAAAUGGACAAUGACCCCAAGCAUUCUUCCAAUGUUGUGGCAAAAUGGCUUAAGGACAACAAAGACAAGAUAUUGGAGUGGCCAUCACAAAGCCCUGACCUCAAUCCUAUAGAAAAAGCGUGUGCGAGCAAGGAGGCCUACAAACCUGACUCAGUUACACCAGCUCUGUCAUGAGGAAUGGGCCAAAAUUCACCCAACUUAUUGUGGGAAGCUUGUGGAAGGCUACCCGAAACGUUUGACCCAAGUUAAACAAUUUAAAUGCAAUGCUACCAAAUACUAAUUGAGUGUAUGUAAACUUCUGAACCACUGGGAAUGUGAUGAAAGGAAUAAAAGCUAAAAUAAAUCAUUCUCUCUACUAUUAUUUUGACAUUUCACAUUCUUAAAAUAAAGUGGUGAUCCUAACUGACCUAAGACAGGGAAUUUAUACUAGGAUUAAAUGUCAGGAACUGUGAAAAACUGAGUUUAAAUGUAUUUGGCGGUGUAAACUUCCGACUUCAUCUGUAUGCACGCACCACUUUAUCGUUAUUAAUGUUUUAGAUUUUUUGAAACAAGUUAUUUUUUUCAUUUCACUUCACCAAUUUGGACUAUUUUGUGUAUGUCCAUUACAUGAAAUCCAAAUAAAAAUCCAUUUAAAUUACAGGUUCUAAUGCAACAAAAUAGUAAAAGCGCCAAGGGGGAUGAAUACUUUUGCAAGGCACUGUAUACCUCUUUUGCUGAGGCCUGCUGCUGUUUUGAUCGAGCCACUCUCUCUCUCCUUUCUCGGGGAAAGAAAUGCUCCCAGAGAAAGAAAGGUGUUCUGAUUUGUAUAACAUUUAAAAAUCCAAAUGCAGGUAAAAUACCGCUAUCAUGUUUUCACAGCUGAAGAGAGGUUUUCAGCUUUCUGUAGCUAUGAUUUCUGUUUUUUAACUCUCAAAUUUGUGCUAAUUAGCAACUAUUUUACAACCGAAAUAUUUAAUAUACAGUACCAGUCAAAAGUUUAGAUACAGCUACUCAUUCCAGCGUUUUUCUUUAUUUUUACUAUUUUCUACCUUGUAGAAUAAUAUUGAAGACAUCAAAACUAUGAAAGAACAGAUAUGGAAUCAUAUAGUAAACAAAUCAAAAUAUAUUUUAUAUUUGAGAUUCUUUAAAGUAGCCACCCUUUGCCUUGAUGACAGCUUAGCACACUCUUGGUAUUCUCUCAACCAGCUUCAUGAGGUAGUCACCUGGAAUGCAUUUAAAUUAACAAGUGUGCCUUGUUAAAAGUUAAUUUGUGGAAUUUCUUUCCUUCUUAAUGCGUUUGAGCCAAUCAGUUGUGUUGUGACAAGUUAGUGGUGGUAUACAUAAGGUAGCCCUAUAUGGUAAAAUACCAAGUCCAUAUUAUGGCAAGAACAGCUCAAAUAAGCAAAGAGAAACGACAGUCCAUCAUUACUUUAAGACAUGAAGGUCAGUCAAUCCGGAAAAUUUCAAGAACUUUGAACGUUUCUUCAAGUGUAGUCGCAUAAACCAUCAAGCGCUAUGAUGAAACUGGCUCUCAUGAGGACCGCCACAGGAAAGGAAGACCCAGAGUUACCUCUGCUGCAAAGGAUAAGUUCAUUAGAGUUAACUGCACCUCAGAUUGCAGCCCAAAUAAAUGCUUCACAGAGUUCAAGUAACAGACACAUCUCAACAUCAACUGUUCAGAGGAGACUGCGUGAAUCAGGCCUUCAUGGUCGAAUUGCUGCAAAGAAACGACUACUAAAGGACACCAAUAAGAAGAAGAGACUUGCUUCGGCCAAGAAACACGAGCAAUGGACAAUAGACUGGUGGAAAUCUGUCCUUUGGUCUGAUGAGUCCAAAUUUGAGAUUUUUGGUUCCAACCGGCGUGUCUUUGUGAGACGCAGAGUAGGUGAAUGGAUGAUCUCCGCAUGUGUGGUUCCCACCGUGAAGCAUGGAGGAGGAGGUGUGAUGGUGUGGGGGUGCUUUGCUGGUGACACUGUCUGUGAUUUAUUUAGAAUUCAAGGCACACUUAACCAGCAUGGCUAACAUAGCAUUCUGCAGCGAUACGCCAUCCCAUCUGGUAAGGUGCUUAGUGGGACUAUCAUUUGUUUUUCAACAGGACAAUGACCCAAAACACACCUCCAGGCUGUGUAAGGGCUAUUUGACCAAGAAGGAGAGUGAUGGAGUGCUGCAUCAGAUGACCUGGCCUCCACAAUCCCCCGACCUCAACCCAAUUGAGAUGGUUUGGGAUGAGUCGGACCGCAGAGUGAAGGAAAAGCAGCCAACAAGUGGGAACUCCUUCAGAAAAAGCAAGAAAAGCAUUCCUCAUGAAGCUGGUUGAGAGAAUGCCAAGAGUGUGCAAAGCUGUCAUCAAGGCAAUGGGUGACUAUUUGAAGAAUCUCAUUUGUUUAACACUUUUUUGGUUACUACAUAAUUCCAUAUAUUUAAACUUUUUCUUGAAAUCAAAUUUUCCUAGUUUGUAGUCAUUAUUUUCUAUAAUAAGUUUUUGAAUGAUUCCUGACACUCGUAUGCAGGUAUGAAGAUAAAAUAGAUUGACAACACAACUUCUCAGAGUACUGUGGUCCUCUGUAGCUCAAUUGGUAGAGCAUGGUGCUUGUAACGCCAGGGUAGUGGGUUCGAUCCCCGGGACCACCCAUACAUAAAAAUGUAUGCGCACAUGACUAUAAGUCGCUUUGGAUCUGCUAAAUGGCAUAUUAUUACUUGUUUUCAGCCACCAUAACUCUAAAAUCACUCCUCCAGAAUUAAUGCCUUUCCUUCUGUCUCUCUUCCUGGUCUACUGUAGAGUGCCACACCAUGUGCCACCCCAAGUGCUCGCCCAGCCUUCCUGCCACGUGCGGCCUGCCGGCGGAGUAUGCUACCCACUUCUCAGAGGCGUUGUGUCGGGAGAAGGCCAACUCCCCUGCCCUUCAGCUCAAAGAGGCCACUGGCCACGUACGCCUGGAGGGCUGGAUGAAACAACCCAGGUCUGUGUUCUCAUAGUAACCCCUUUAUUAUGGACAUUCUUCUGUUUACCUGCCUUACCUUGCUUUAUGUAGAGCACUUAGAUCAUCUUUUGUAAAGCCCUUUUUAAACUAAACGUAUUUUUCCUUCCUUCCUCCUCCUCUUUCUUGGGAAUGAGCUCUGGGUAGGGCCCUUUACAGGGAAAAUGUAACACCUGUGAAUGUUCUGGUUCAUAAUGUAAGGUGUGUGCGUCUCUGCAGGAACUCCAGGCGAGGUCAGCAAGGCUGGGAGAGGAAGUACGUGGUGCUGGAUGGGACCAAGGUGUCCAUCUAUGAUUCUGAACCCAGAGAAGGUACUGCUCCUUGACUUGACUCCCCUUUAGUGUUUAUUCACCAGUGUUUUGGCAGUGUUUUCAUGACCAUGGUCUCCUGGGACUUAUCCAAUAGGAAAUGGUAAUUCUUUGUUUAGCGUUGUAAAACAUUUUACUACGGUUUGCUCUAAUGAAUAUGACCCUGGUGUGUUUCCAGACUCUCUGAAGCCAGAGGAGGAGUUUGAGCUGUGUCUCCCUGACGGAGAGGUGACCAUCCAUGGAGCUGUGGGAGCCUCGGAGCUCAUCAACACGGCUAAGUCAGGUACGGUUACAUUGCGCCUGUCUAAUGCACUCAUACUGUGCACAAGUAGAUGAGGGUCCACCUGUCUCAACUUCUGAUUUUCUGCAAAAAUCCACCAUCCGGAACAAGCGAAGUUAAUGGUCCCUGCAUUAAACCUAACAAAAGUUCUAGAUGACUCCUCCAGCUUUUACUCAUUUAAGUAGCUUAAUCAGAUGUGGGUGUGUGAUCAAGUCAUGCUUCUUCAAUCUGUCAUCUUGAUGUUUUGGUGUGCUGUGUGCAGACAUCCCAUACAUCCUAAAGCUGGAGUCUCACCCCCACACCACCUGUUGGCCCGGCCAGUCCCUAUAUUUCAUGGCUCCCAGCUUCCCAGACAAGCAGCGCUGGGUAGCUGUCCUGGAGUCAGUCGUAGCUGGCAGCAGGGGCUCCAAGGACAAGGUGGAGGCUGACACGGUGAGUGUGUGUGUACGUGUGUGCGUGUGUGUGUGUGUAUCUAGAGAGCAGUCUUCAAUCUCUAGUCAGUUGAUAUUUGAAAUAUUGUUGUAACUUUCAAGGUCUGCAUCUGAGUUAUCCUACUAGUGCAUUAAAGUUUAUAGAUGAACCACACUCAAACAUGAGAGAGCAAGACUUGCUUGGUUUUUGCUGGAGAGUAGGGUCAGGUGUAUUCCCACUCAAUAGUCUUUUCUCUCCCCUUCCCUCUCUCUUUGUCUGCAUGUUGUCCCUCUACUGUCUGUGUUUGUUGUCAAUGAUUUGAUGUAUGAAUACAUAUUUUACCCAUAUAUUUUACACUGAAUGUGUAAAUACACUGGGGUGUUGUUGACCACACUGUAGACAGCUGUUCCUAAAAGACAGAAGAACCUCUCCCCAUUGGUCCAGGUAAAGAUCUGCAUGAGCCUGCCUUAUGCUUGGGCCGACAGAGCAUGCAGUACACACACUUACUGUACAGACAUACCCAAGCACACAAACUACACAUCUCAAUCACACAUACAGUAAAUGCAAACAUACACUCUCACGCCCUGAAAGGCAGCCACAUACCCACCCACACAUGCAGCACUCAUGCAGCGCCUGUAUGUGAGAUGGCACUGCUGUGCAGCUUCGUCCCCUGGCUUCAUGCAUGCACUUCCAUGUUAAUGGUCAUGUACUCUACGCCCCACCAAUGCAGCCCAAAGAUUGAUUGAUUGAUCAAUUGGUUUGGUCUAUUGUUUAGGGAUUGAUAGUUUCACCAUCCAUUGCUAUGUCUUUAUAGUUGUUUCAAGUGUCUGUUGUUCAUUUUGAUUUUAUGAUAUUUUUUUCCCCAAGUGUCCAUACCUAGCAGCUCACAGUCAUGUCUGUGUCGUCACCUGCUCUGUCCUGCUACCCUCUUGCCUCUUGUCACAGCCAUUGUGCAUAUAACCUGCUGACUUGUGUUGCUUUCCCUCUCCUAUAUGAUGACAGAAACUUCUAGGGAAUUCUCUGCUGAAGCUGGAGGGAGACGACCGGCUGGACAUUAACUGCACCCUGCCCCUCACUGACCAGGUAGGUCCUGCAACUAAACCAUAUGUGGAAGUAGGUCAACAAUUGGUAUCAAUUGUUACAUACAGUAAAUGAUAUGGCCUUGAGAUAUACCUUUAUCAUGGAUGGAAUAAUACUUGGCUAUCUAAAUAGAUCAUUCACAAGAAUGUGAAAGAAACAUGGCUUUAUUUGCUCAAUUCUCAACAGCAAAAUAUGUAUGCGGAUGGGUCAUGUUGCUAUUUUCCCAUUCUAACUGUGUGGGCUUCUCUCUCCCUCUCCAUAGAUAGUGUUGGUUGGCUCUGAGGAGGGCCUGUAUGCCCUGAACGUCAUUAAGAACAGCCUGACUCACAUCCCCGGGCUGGCCUCCGUCUUCCAGAUCCGGAUCCUCAAGGAGCACGACAAGCUGCUCAUAAUUACUGGUCAGUGUUGGGCACAAACUGUGUCCAGGUAAGGUUGCUGUAGCACGUGAGCGUAGUUCACCGAACAGUAUAGUAGUACCAAGAUUAUGAAGAAUCUUAAUACAGUGUAGUAUCUGUUUAUUAUCCCAACUGUGUUAUUGUGUGUGGGAUGGAGUAUGCAGUUGGUACUGUAGGUGUUUGUGCUUACUGUAAAAGCACUUUGUGACAACUGCUGAUGUAAAAAGGGCUUUAUUAAUGAGUGAUUAUGUCUAUACCAUGUCUGGUCCAGGAGAGGAGCGGGCCCUGUGUCUGGUGGAGAUCAAGAAGGUGAAGCAGUCUCUGUCUCAGUCCCACCUCCCUGCCCAGCCAGAUCUCAGCCCAUACAUCUUUGAGACGGUCAAGGGAUGCCACCUCUUCUCCUCUGGCAAGGUGUGAGCCACCAAUUUGCGUUUCUCUUCGUGGAUUUUUUUCAUCUUAUUGAAAUAGAAUGAAACAAUUUUUUCUGGUAUAAAAAUUUGUCUCAGUCAUAGGCAUAGCGCAUAGCAAAUUAUUCACAUACCUUUUGAUGAUGCAUCAAGUUGUCUGUUACAUUCCUUGAAACUGUAGACACAACUGAUUACGCUAUAUCUCUGGAGUGAUUGUUGUCCGACUGUUUUUUGUUUUUGUCCCUUGUGCAGAUUGAGAAUGGCACGUGUAUAUGUGCCGCUAUGCCCAACAAGAUCACCAUCCUGCGCUACAACGACAGCCUCAAGAAGUUCUGCAUCAAGAAGGAGAUUGAGACGUUAGAGCCCUGCAGUUGUAUCCACUUCACAGGCUACAGCAUCAUCAUCGGCACCAACAGGUUCUACGAGAUCGAGAUGAAGCAGUACAUACUGGAAGGUAGAUCAACGACUCCUCACACAGGAUGCAAGUUAAUGGUAGACGCUGUUAUCGCGGGUUAAACGGACUGAAACAGGGAGGGACUACCUGGACUUGUCCAAAAAUAAACUGUUAUUUUUCUAUAGUUGGUUGAUUGAUUGGUGUGGGGACCUCUCUCUUGCAGAGUUCCUGGAUAAGAACGAUGUGACGUUAGCCUCGGCCGUCUUUGCGGCCUCCUCCCACAGUUUCCCCAUCUCCAUCAUCCAGGUCACCCAGGCACCGCAGAAAGACGAGUACCUGCUCUGCUUCCACGGUCAGACACAUGUUUCAUACACACUUCUAUAGGCUGUGUGUGUGGUUGUGUGUGUGGUUGUGUGCGUGUGUGUGUGAGAGAGGGAGAGUGUCUGCUGUCAUUAUGAUUAGUGAAAGUGCUACUAUCAAUUUCCACACAGUUUACCUGCAAGAAUUAUUGCUAAUUUCUGCUUGUGGUGAUUCCCUGUCCAGAGUUUGGGGUGUUUGUGGACGAGUACGGCCGCAGGAGUCGAAGUGAGGACAUCAAAUGGAGCCGUCUGCCGCUCUCAUUUGGUAAGUCAAAAUAAUGUUUUACCGCUAUAAGGAUAAUCUCCGAAGGAUUGGAGCAUUGCAAUCUAGAAAAGUGUUAUAAGACAUUAUAAGUGCUCAUACAUGCUUAUAACACAGAGUGCUCCUCUCCAUUUCAGCCUACAGAGAACCCUACCUGUUUGUGACCUAUUUCAACUCGUUGGAUGUGAUUGAGGUCCAGGGCCACUCUGCUCUAGGGUAAGACCACCUCAAUGAUCCUUUAGUUUACUGAAACCCUGAAUGAGUUAGCAUAACAUUGUAAGAUGUCAAUAGGGGUAUUGUGUCUUGUUCAGGGCCCACUCGUACGCUCACCUAGACAUCCCCAACCCGCGCUACCUGGGCCCAGCCAUCUCCUCUGGGGCCAUUUACCUGGCUUCGUCCUACCAGAACAAGCUACGGGUCAUCUGCUGUAAGGGGAACCUGGGACAGGAGGGGGAGCUGCAGAGGAAUGGCUCUGGACACAGGUUAUCUGGAUCUUUCUUUUUCUAUUUAUUUAUUUCUCUCUCUUUCACUCACUCACCCUACACUCACUCAUUUCUCACUAGUGCUAAGUGAUUAGCCGAAAUGUGGGUUUUUCUUUUCGUUUUUAAACAACUAAUUGAUGGACCUUGGCUCAAUUAUUUGAAUUCCAUCUCUUUCGGGUUUUUUCUGUGAGCUCAAUGCGCACAUAGCUUAGUUUCUCUAGAGAUAAAUCAGAUCAAGCCCAAACUGUGCGAUGUAGUAAGGAGUUGUAGUUUCCAACAGGACAAAAUUCUACAUAUUUCAGCGCAGUAAACAUGGUAAUUAACUACAAUGGCCGAAAUCCAUUGCGUGCCGGUAUGUUUCUUUUACGCCUGCUACAUAAGGUUAGUGUCGGGCAGACAAGAGAGAAGAAUGCUGAUCGAGAGGGAUAGAAAGCAGUUGCUUGAUGAGGUACAGUAUCUGUACCUGAAAAUUCAUGAUUGAUAGUUUGUAUUCAGCGGUCAUAAAAGUAUGCCUUAUUUACUUUGAAGAACUACUAAAAUAGUGAUUUUGUCAGACAGCAUAGGCAGCAGCUCUAUAGAGAUGAGAUGAUGACUUGGAAUUAAAUAAUAAAGUCAUCAAAUAAAGCAAAUGUAAUAUACACAACAACUGAAAUAUUUUAUUAAAGUAAUGUGACUUAAUGAUGGUAAGUGAUAAGCAGUAAUGGGCAGUCACUACCAUCAUGGGACUUUUAUGAAUUGUUUUAUUCUGUGUUACAGCAUUCAACCCACAUAAUGCAUAGUUGUCACGAUCGUUUAUAGACUGGUGAGACCAGGGCGCAGCGUGAUAAGCAUACAUGUUUAUUUAAACGAACGAACACACGACAAAACAACAGUCCAAGGUAACACACAAAGAUACCAUAACUGGAACAAGAUCCCACAACUAACUAGAGCCAAUAGGCUACCUAAGUAUGGUCCCCAAUCAGAGACAACGAGCUACAGCUGCCUCUGAUUGGGAACCACACCGGCCAACAUAGAUCUACACAUACCAGAUCUAAACAUAGAAAAUCAACAUAGCAAAACACAACACAGAAAAUACACACCCUCACUCAACAAAUACGAGUCCCUUGAGUCAGGGCGUGACAAUAGUGCAUUUAAUGUCAAAAAUAUAUAUCAAAAUAGAAAACCGUGAUUAUUUUUUCAUAAUCAAACUGAAACCAAACCGACCACAAAAAGCACUAAUCGCUCAGCACUAAUUCUCACUCACUCUCUAUCAAUCACUCACUCACUCACUCACUCACUCCCUCUCUCUCUCACACACACAUACACACACACACAGAAACACAUACACACCACUUGGGUAUGCAUGCAUAGAGUUACUGUCCAUCAUUGGUUGUUUGGUGGUGGUACAAUGGAACAAUGGGAAUUCUGGGAAUUGGAGGAACAAUGGGAUUCUUCGUCACUGCACCUUCUGUUGGCUGGGCUAGUUAGUGGUUACACUGGUUAGUGGAGGCAGAAUUGGGCCAGUCGUGGUUACAAUAGGAAUUCAUUAUGACUUCUCCUCGCUCUAGGAUUCAUUUAGCUAUUGUUUAAUUUCCACCAGUAAUCACUGAAGUGCACGAUGGUGGUGUGGACUGGAGCCUCUCAUGGGUGGCACUGGUUGGCAUUCAGGUGGCAUAAUAUGGAGCGAUUUCAGUGCCAACAGAAAUUGAAUUUGAAUUCCCAUCAUCUGAAUUUGAAUUAGGAUAUUGAAUUUGAAUUUAAUGUUUUCUAAUUUGUAAUGCACAAAUUGAAUUAUUGAAUUCAUAAAUUGAACUUGUAUUUCAUGAGUUAAAACUGAAUUGAGGGGAACAGAAGACACGUCCAUGUUCCAGAGAGUCUUAGCUUUCAGGAAUGGGGUCAUAAUAGCUUAUAGCCAAAACGGUUCAAACACUAAAGCCAAAUUCAAAGGAAGAAAAUAAAUUCAACAUGUCACAUUGGCUUCAGAAACCGGCAGAAGCUUCGGUUUACCACAGAGAGUAUUUGAUUCUAUCUGUUCUCCUUUACCUCUCCUGGCUGGAAAAGUACCAGGAUGUUGUCUCUGGUUUUGAAUCUGAAUUUAGAGAACAUAAUUUGAAAACUGAAUCUGAAUGCGUCUGAGAAGUUGAAUAUAUGAAACUUUGGUAAACUUUAAAUUAUAGUUGGUAAACUUGAUACACUUGAACCUUGAACCUUCUUGCCACAGCUCACAUUGAUGUGCCAUCCUGGAUGAGCUGCACUACCUGAGCCACUUGUGUGGGUUGUAGACUCCGUCUCAUGCUACCACUAGAGUGAAAGCACCGCCAGCAUUCAAAAGUGACCAAAACAUCAGCCAGGAAGCAUAGGAACUGAGAAGUGGUCUGUGGUCACCACCUGCAGAACCACUUCUUUAUUGGGGGUGUCUUGCUAAUUGCCUAUCAUUUCCACCUGUUGUCUAUUCCAUUUGCACAACAGCAUGUGACAUUUAUUGUCAAUCAGUGUUGCUUUCUAAGUGGACAGUUUGAUUUCACAGAAGUGUGAUUGACUUGGAGUUACAUUGUGUUGUUUAAGUGUUCCCUAUAUUUUUUUGAGCAGUGUAUAAAUAUUGAAUUUUAAUAUUCAGUUAAAUUGAAAUUGAUUUUUAAAACUGAAUGCAAUAUUCAUUCAAUUCAGUUUCAAAUCAUGAAAUACAGGUUCAGUUUAUGAAUUCAGUUAUUUAAUUUGUGCAUUACAAAUGCAAAAAUAUUAAAUUCAAUAUCCUAAUACAAAAAGGCAAAAUUAUGGAAUUCAAAUACAAUUUCUGUUGGCACUGAAUCGCUCCAUAGCAUUAAUUGGCAUACACGUGGCAUAGUCUGGCAUACUCGUGGCACCUGUCUGCAUACGGGUGACAUAGGUUGGCAUACAUAACUUGUGAGCUUUCUGGUAAUGGUAUUCUUCCAUCUGAUACACCAUGCAUAUCUGAGACCUGGAUUAAUGAGACCUGGAUUAAUGAGACCUGGAUUAAUGAGACCUGGAUUAAUGCUGGUGUUUAUUCUUUGCAGGAGGAAGUGUGCCUUUUUAAUUUGUAACAAAGCCUAAGUAAGGCCAUGUUUAUUUAAAAGGUCAAAUAAAUUAUGGUAAAUAAAGUAUGGUUACUACUUGUAUUUUCUGAGACUCCCUGUAUCUACCAAUCAAACAGCUGCAUUAAUGUGACUGUUCGUUUAGAGUCGCUUUUUUAACCACCCUCCCAUACAGUGCUUUUCUAACCACCCUCCCAUACAGUGCUUUUCUAACCACCCUCCCAUACAGUGCUUUUGACCUUGUGGGUUUCAUGAUGUUUAAAGAAGCGAAUAGAUGGUUGAAGAGUGGCAUAGGGUUUAAUUUUUUUCAUCUUCACCAAAAAUAUGUUUUACUAUAAAUAAAUAAAUAAAUAAAUAAGAGUACAAAGACAGAAUUUGAGAAGUCCAUCCAAAAUGUAAUUUGUCAACCCUCAUUCAGCCGUUAUCCAUACAUCGUACUCUUUCUGUGCAAUUUAUGUCUGGAAAAUUGAUGUUUGUUAAAGUGCUAGGAAAAAGACCAGCUGGAGUUGUCAUAUCAUUGAUUCCAUAAUCCUCAGUGUAAUAUAAAAUGGGACAUUUUACUUCUGGAGCUAACAUGGUGACGAUAUGACGAAAUGUCUUUGGCUCUCCAAUCCAUCAAUGGAUACAAAUGUGCAGUGACAGAAUCAACCAUAUCUCCUUUUUGUCCUUUACACUUGCUAAUUUUUUGUCUCCUACUGCGACAGUGGCUAACCCAUUAUCUUCAGGGAUUUCAAUGAGAAUUGCUUUCUCGACAUCCAAAGCCAUUGCUUGCUACUGUACUGUCUUGAUUUAAUUUUACAUAGCUAUUGAGAGUAUUACACUAGCCAUAGUUAUGAUUGACAUUAGCUUAAUAUAAAUAUAUAUUUAAUGGACCACUUUGUACCAAGAUCACUUCUUCAAGCUGAAUGCAUAAGUUGCUGUUUCAGUAACUUCAUCCUGAUACUCCCCCUCACAUCACGCCAGCAGUACACUAUGUAAUGCUGUUUAUCCUGUGAUCUUUGUCCUGUGGCGCCGUGCCCUGCCCUUUCCAUCUCCACAAUGGGUCUCUCCAACACUUCCUCUUCAUCCACAGCCCCAACAAGCGUGGGCCGCCCUCCUACAACGAGCACAUCACCAAGCGCCUGGCGGCCAGCCCCGCGUUGCACGGUGACCCGGGCACGCCACACCGCUACCGCGAGGCCCGCACCGAGUUCCGCCGCGACAAGUCGCCCGGCCGCCGGCCACACUCGGUGGAGAGGGAAAAGUCUCCCAGUGGCAGGAUGAUGAUGGACCCCCGUCUGGCCAGGUCUCCAGGGAGAGCCUUGGGGGGGGACCCACGCCUCGGUCGCUCCCCAGGGAGGUUGAUGGACCGGGACGUGAGGAGGGAGAGGUCGCCGGGACAGGGGUUCGAGGAGCAGCAGCAUGGAGUUCGCCAGAGACUCCACACCAGCUCCGGUCGCACACCCCUCACCACGGUCAACAAGGUUAGAGAGUAGACUAUGUAUGCCUCCCAAAUAGCCCCAACACCCUAUUCACUGAUUCAUACUUUCCCUUGCCUGAAUUACAGGACAUAACAUGAGUGGUAUUGGGUGACUUGUGAACCGUAUUCCCUAUUUAGUGCACUACUUUUGACCAGAGCCCUAUGGCCCCAUGCUCUGUCUUUUUCAAUGUGGCAUAGUUUUCUUUGGAUAUGCUGAAUUACUUGAAAAUGUAUUUUUCUAUAAUACUUUCCUAUUCCAGUGAUCAAUCUGCUCUGUUGAUGUAGCCUUAAUGAUACCAGGUAAUGUAAGUUCCUCUGCCUAACUUCUGUGUUAGUGCCCUAUCGCCUGACCCUAUCUGUCUCUGAUCUUUCUGUACAGGUGUGGGAUCAAUCAUCUGUUUGAGUGACAGCAAUGUCACACCAGUCAGAAGAGUGACAUCCCCAGCACAGCACAGGACUUAGUUCUUCCCCGGGUUAGGGAAUUGGAGGUGGAUCAGAAUACUGCAUCACCCAGAGAGCCCAAUAGGAAAAGCAGCUAA